CGUUCCCGUUUUCCCACGUUAGUGCAGUUACAUGUAGUCAACGUUGACGUGCAAGCGCACGUCCAGUUCUACAGUGUUCUCUCUCGUUUCCUCGACCCGACGCCGUGUUCCAUUACGGUUCAGUGUUUACGGUGAGACAUUGAGGUUGGGUUGGGCUGCACCUUGCUCCUUCAAUAUGGCGGCCGGUGGUGACAGAUGGCACGAGUACUUGGGUGUGGUUAACGUGGGAUCUGACAAAGUCUGACUGAAACUGUGCUUAUCCAUCGUGUCAUUUUACUUAAUUCUAAUUUUGUGACGACUAUCGUUGCCGCUGAGGUUCAGUAACAAUGCAGAAAAGAAGUCUUUCCGGUAAAGUCGGCGUGCUGCUCUUUGGGGUAACACUGAUCUGCGUUUGCGUCGCUUUCGGGACUCCGUCGUGGUUAGUGAGCGAUGCCCGAAUUACCGGGGCACAACUCAAUAAGCUAGGCCUUUGGCAACAUUGUUUUCGAUCCCUUCCUAACCCUCAAGAGGCCGAUGCACCUAGACGUUUCUUCGUCGGCUGUAGGUGGGUGUACGACCCAUUCACCACGGGCUACUCUGAUAUUCGUGACUUUCUUUUACCACCAUUCAUGAUAGCCACGCAGUUCUUCUUCACGUUAUGUUUCCUCCUGUGUCUCGUGUCUUUUGGAUUGAUCUUAUUGUUUGUUCUAUGCUGCGACCCCGAACAGCAACGAUACGUUCAAUUGAUAUUACUAAUUGGUUUUCUGCUGUUGGCCAGUGGAAUUAGUGGCUGCCAGGCAGUAAUUAUCUUUGCGUGUUUUGGAAAUGCAGACGGGUGGAUGCCUGGUCAUGAAAACAAUUUCUUUGGGUGGUCAUUCGUUAUAGGUGUUAUCGGUAGUGUGUUAGCUUUAAUAACUAGUUUGCUUUUCUUAGUUGAAGCUACGGUCCAGCGCAAAAAACGUGAUUAUCUAAAAGAAUCACAAAUGCGCUUCCAACUCGAAUCUCGUGCCUGAAUAUUAAGAAAUGAGAAAAACAAUCUAACGAUCAAGUUUUGCGAUACAUGCAAACUUUGCACAAGUAUCCGUGACUUGUUAAUAUACAUAAAAUCCCAUAUGAGACUUUUUCAUCAUCCGUCCAUAGGUUAUUUUAAAUAUUUAAGAAUUGUUCGAAGCUUUGUAAGAUUAGAACUAUUGAUUGUUAAUAGUAUUUAGUAUCUAUCUUCAGUGAUCUACCUUCUGAAAAGAGACAUAGCAUAAUGAUGCACAAUCAUAGAUUUAAAUAAAACACCAAAUAUUUUUAAAAGCCUUUUCUAUGACGUUACAUUUCUCAUAAAUGUAUAAUACCAAUAUUUUAAAUUGGAUAAUAUGAUUAUUGUAUUCAUUAAUAAGUACAAAAUUAUGAUCAAAGAUUUAUAUGUGAAAUACUUUUGUACAAAUAAAACAACUAUGUCAAGAU